UAAUUAAACAUGGCCUUUUGUUUUAUUUUGUGAAAAACGUGUGAAAUGUAAUGGACUUGAGCUAAAUCAGAGAUUUGUUAUUAAAUGUAAAGCAGACCACCAUGGUCUUUGUAAAUGGCCCGAAAGACCUCAUUCUCUUUUUUGUUGUUGUUCAAAGCCGAAUGAUUUUGGUGGAUGCUUGUGGAAAACUGACAAUCGACGCAGGAAGGGAACUCGGACUGCUUGGCAGACUACCUGAUGAAUGAGGUCCGCUCCUAACGAUGUUCAGGGUGUGUCUGCUACAGGCUUGUCUGCAGGCUUCUCCGGACGCAGAGAAGUCUUGUAACAAGUUUCAACAAGUCACGAACAAAAGUCUGUUUCGAGAGACGGUUGCGCAAAAAAACGUCUUCAAGUCAGUCAAAAACGAAAGAGAGGAGGUUCUGUAGAGAGCCGGCGUGAAACCCAGCCGACGUCAUGGACUGGAAGACCUUCCAAUCCCUGCUGAGCGGUGUGAACAAGUACUCCACGGCGUUCGGGCGGAUAUGGCUGUCCAUCGUGUUCGUGUUCCGCGUCAUGGUGUACGUCGUGGCGGCCGAGCGGGUGUGGGGCGACGAGCAGAAGGACUUUGACUGCAACACCAAGCAGCCCGGCUGCGCCAACGUGUGCUACGACUACUACUUCCCCAUCUCCCACAUCCGCCUGUGGGCCCUGCAGCUCAUCUUCGUCACCUGCCCCUCCUUCAUGGUGGUCAUGCACGUGGCGUACCGCGACGAGCGCGAGCGCAAGUACCGCAUCAAGUUCGGCGAGGAGAAAAAGCUGUACAACAACACGGGCAAGAAGCACGGCGGCUUGUGGUGGACCUACGUGAUCAGCCUCUUCGUCAAGACGGCCAUCGAGGUGGCCUUCCUCUACAUCCUGCACUACAUCUACGACAGCUUCUACCUGCCGCGCCUGGUCAAGUGCGAGGUGUCCCCCUGCCCGAACAAGGUGGACUGCUACAUCGGCCAUCCCACGGAGAAGAAGGUGUUCACCUACUUCAUGGUGGGCGCCUCGGCCCUGUGCAUCGUGCUCAACAUCUGCGAGAUCAUUUACCUCAUCUCCAAGCGCGUGGCGCGCUGCGCCAACAAGCUCAAGCGGCGAACCCGGGGCAUGCCGCAGGAGACGCACGCCGGCUACGACGACAACCACGCCCCCAACAGCUACCCCAUGGAGAUGAUGUCCAAGCGAAACGUGACCAGGGACUUGCCUCCGUCCUUCAGGACCAGCUGCAAGCCUCCGUACCAGCCCGCCAUGCACUCGCUGAGGGCGGAGAUGAGGGCGGAGAUGAGGGCUUCUGCCCCCAACCUGUCUUCUGAUCCAUUGUUGGACAACCCAAGGAGACUAUAGGGACACAGGGAUGAGAAGAGACGCCGCGUCCAGGGGUAGAGAUUGACUGAAGAUCAGUUCUAUGAAACUUUGUUUAACCUUGGAUGCAGAGCUGUGUCGUGGAUCUGGGCCUGACGCAAUGGCCAUGAUUUGAACGGUACAAGGCCUGCUUUGUGAUGGAUGGGGAUCAACUGGGACCAAAUCGAUGCAGCGUUUGUUGUAUCAAAGUGUUUCGGUUUGGAUUAUUGUUGUGGGGCAGUUUCUGCACGACUCAGGAGGACGACUCAGAAGGAAGUUAGCUCCUCUAUUCUAGAAAUUCAGGUUGGGACAAAGGACACGCCUGACUCCGGUAUUCAGGCAUCCAACCAACUCUUUGUCAUUGACACUCUUUCUCGCAAUGUGUAUUAUAGGGAAAUUGCAUUUCAGGGAACCUGUCAUUAUGAAAAAUGACAGUAAAAAGGAAUCCUGUUAAACCAUGUGUCAUUCUUUUCUUGUUUACCGCCAACCCCAAAAUGCUAAUUUUUCUGUUCAUUCAGAAGAAGUCAAAUUGCACUCAGUAUGGUGUAUCAAAUAUGUAAAUACUCCUCAUACUAAAGCAGUGACCCAGAUGUUUUUGUGCACUUCUAACAAAUGUUUGCCUCCAUCAGGGUUGUGUUUGGCCGCAUGUACAUAAGAGCGCCUGUAUUUAGAUCCCAGACCACUGUUGAUUCUGCACAGGUCGAUAGGAAUGCAGUUGUUUAACUCUUCCACAUCUGCGGCCAAGGAGCAAAAGCUUCAUUGCGAGAAAGAACGGGGUCCACAAAUCCUGGAUAAUUGUUGACAAUGGAGUCGUUAGCUGGAAAAAAGUUUUUUCCCACUUGGGAUAUUUAAUGAAUAAAGUGUUGAGCCAAA